AUGACGACCGAUCGAGUCGGCGAGUCCUCCGACUCCCUGUCUCGGCGGCGCCCUAAUUUCUCGACACGAACCGCCCAGGAGGAUGUCUCUCGUCUGGCACCUGGCGACUCGGCCCAUUCCACUGCAGAUGAACGGACAAGAUUGCUACCAUGGCCACCUACUCGAUGGGCCCGCCCCUAUGAGCCCAUGAACUCGACGGAACGAAGCGAGAAUCCACAGAGUUCCUCAACAUCGGAUUAUUUCCACGGGAUUUCGAAGUGGUGGAAUAAACGGGCGAGCGAUGACCCAGAGGGCGGAAACAAUGGAGACUCGACUUCUCAACAUCUGUCUCUGUCUGCGGGCCCGCUUCGUGAUUCCAGCGCCGAUAAGAAGGACAAGAAUGCGCACCGCUCAAGAUCAUUCGAUGAACCGAAGAAGCUUGGAACAUUCUCGGGUGUCUUUGUACCUACGACCCUGAAUGUACUGAGUAUUCUCAUGUUCCUUCGUUUCGGUUUCAUCUUGGGACAGGCUGGUGUGCUGGGCAUUCUAGGUCUUCUUGGUGUCUCAUAUACAAUCAACCUUGUAACUACCAUGUCUCUGUCGGCAAUUGCAACAAACGGGACAGUUCGAGGUGGCGGUGCCUACUACCUAAUCUCCAGAUCUCUAGGCCCGGAGUUUGGUGGCUCAAUCGGAAUCGUGUUCUACUUGGGCUAUGUAUUCAACACUGGCAUGAACGCUGUUGGUUUGGUGGAUUGUUUCACCCAGAACUUUGGCUCGAAGUCCGGCGAUUGGGCCAACUUCCUCCAAGAAGGCUUUUGGUGGCAGUACCUGUGGGGAACUGUGAUCUUGGUGCUUUGUACGGCUAUCUGCUUAGCAGGAAGCUCGAUAUUUGCCAGGGCAAGCAACGGACUUCUGGUCAUACUGUUGGUGGCUACUUUCAGCAUUCCACUUUCAGCGAUAUUUUUGAAGCCUUUCCCAGUUCCUCGCCAAGGCGUCGAGUUUACAGGACUUCGAUUGAAAACUUUGAUGGGUAAUCUUAAACCUCACCUGACCAAAGGAGCUGCUGGAAGUCAACUGAAAGGAAGAGAGACCUUCCAAGAUCUUUUUGGCAUCCUCUUUCCGGCCACGGGUGGCAUUUUUGCCGGUGCAAGUAUGUCCGGUGACCUCAAAAACCCAAGCAAGGCCAUCCCGAAGGGUACCCUUUCAGGCUUGGCCUUGACGUUUGUCUCCUAUGGGCUCGUUAUUCUUGCCCUGGCGGCCUCGGUCACCCGGGAAUCUUUCUACAACAAUGUGAAUGUCAUUCAAGUCGUCAACGCUUCUGAUAGCGUGAUCCUUCUUGGAGAAUUCGCAACAAGUUUCUUCUCGGCGUUGAUGGGAGUUAUUGGAUCUGCCAAGCUCCUGCAAGCUAUCGCACGGGACAGUCUUCUCCCUGGAAUAGGGAUGUUCGCACAGGGCACGAGGAAGACUGACGACCCAGUCUAUGCGAUCAUUGUGACAUUUGUGUUCGCUCAAGUCACGAUGCUCUUUGAUAUCAAUCGCAUUGCGUCCUUUGUCACAAUGACCUACUUGAUGACAUUCUUGGUCACCAACCUGGCCUGUUUCCUGUUGAAGAUUGGCUCUGCGCCGAACUUCCGUCCCUCGUUCCACUACUUCAACUGGCAGACUGCAGCAGCAGGGACAUUAGUUAGCGGCGUCAGCAUGUUCUUUGUUGAUGGUCUCUAUGCCACAGGAUGUGUGGGAAUCCUGGUAAUUCUGUUCCUACUGAUCCAUUAUAGUUCUCCGCCCAAGCCAUGGGGCGAUGUCAGUCAGAGCUUGAUCUACCAUCAAGUCCGGAAGUAUUUACUUCGUUUGCGCCAGGAGCAUGUCAAAUUUUGGCGUCCGCAAAUCUUGCUGUUUGUCAGCGAUUUGGACAAGCAGUACAAGAUGGUCUCCUUCUGCAACUCGCUGAAGAAAGGAGCACUUUUUGUACUCGCCCACGUCCUGGUGACCGAUGAUUUCUCUGCAGCUGUUCCCGAAGCACGUCGUCAACAAACAGCUUGGACGAAGUUUAUCGAGUAUUCCAAGAUCAAAGCCUUUGUCAAUAUCUCUGUCUCCCCCGCAGCGGAAUGGGGGAUGCGGAACAUUGUACUCAACUCUGGAUUGGGAGGUAUGCGGCCGAACAUCGUCGUGAUCGACCAAUUCCGAGAGGACCAGUCGCUUGUUGAGACAGUGUCUGCACAUAGCGGUCGCAGGGAUUCCAAGAAUAGACGCGCAAGUACACGCACUGAAGAACAGCAGACUGGAUCGCAAAACCCACCCAUGAGCGGGCAAAGCUAUGUCACGAUCCUUGAAGAUUUAUUGUUCAAGCUGCGGAUCAAUGUCGCCGUGGCCAAAGGAUUCGAGGACUUGGAGCUCCCCGAUCCUCACGGUCGCCACACCAAGAAAUACAUUGACUUAUGGCCUAUUCAAAUGUCUGCCGAGCUUGGAGCCGACCAUGAAAGCAAGCAAAACGUCUUGACCACUAACUUUGACACCUACACUUUGAUCCUUCAACUUGGCUGUAUCCUCAAUACUGUUCCUUCGUGGAAGAAGACAUACAAGAUUCGAGUUGCAGUCUUUGUGGAAUACGAGACCGAUGUCGAAGACGAACGAGGACGAGUUGAAGCCCUCCUGGACAAGCUACGUAUCGAGGCCGAGGUCCUGGUAUUCUGGCUUGCAUGUGGUGACAUCCAGUCCUACCGAAUUAUCGUCAAUGGUGACACAUCCGCAGCGUCACCUGCUGCAGAGGAGAAAGUCCGGUCUACCUUACAAGGAGAGGAGUGGUGGCAGGGAGUGCUCCGAGCUCGUGGUCAAUUAGACGAUUCACAAGAUUCCGACCGUGCAAGUGAGAGCUUGCAGCUGGACAGGUCGUACACCUGGCAAGGACCAUCGAGCCAAGACAGUGGUGCUAAAGCUUUACACCACCGAGUCAGUGGGCUGAGAAAGUUGAUCCAAUCUACUCGUCGCAGGCGAUCCGUCUCCAGCUUCCGGGCGCUCGGAGGAGUGAACCUUGGCAUGCAGACACAUCGCCUGUUAGAUGCAUUUGUCGACUAUGAGAGCUCGGACAGCUCGAAUGAAAGUGACGAUAGCGACUUGGAAGCCUACAGCAGCGACCCGGAGCCCGAGGAUGGCGGUGACGAUCUCUUUGCCCGCAAUGAGCCAUUACCGGUUUCCGGCUCUUCCAGACUGCUUGGAAGGGCUAAGACCGAUGACUGCAGCCCUAGCGCCGAUUCUCCCAGCACGCCGGUGCUCACGAGCUCUGAGGCGGCAGAGAUCGACUCUCACCGGCCCAUUCCCUCGAUCAUUGAGACUGGUGACGAUGCUUCCCCCAAGACUCAAUUCACAGCUCGUCGGCCUCCCAUCAACCGCUCCCCCUCUAGUAAUCGAUUUAGUUCUGCUCCCAUCCCGGAAGCCAAAGUCAACCCCGAGGCGGAGGAAAACAAUGGACCCUCCAUCAUGUUCGCUGCCCAGAACUCGCCCCCACGGUUCACAAACAAGCUUGAUUCCAUCUAUGCCCGUCGUCCAUCUGCUGUGUCUCCUACCUCUCCCGGCACCCACAGCGGCUCACAUCUGCAUGCAGCCGGACCAGCCACGGGAUACCCCGGUGUGGCAUCCGUCCCGCUGUCCUUCAACGAUCUCCCGAGUCGGGCGCAACAUUUGAUUUUAAACGAGCUGAUGGCACAGCAGAGCGGUGAUACUGCGGUGAUUUUCACCACUCUGCCCUCUCCCGUGGAGGGCACCUCGCUUAGUGCGGAGGACAGUGCAUCCUUCCUAAGUGACUUGGACGUCUUGUGGCAAGAUCUUCCUCCUUGCCUGCUGGUCCACAGUAACAGCAUGACUGUGACGAUGAACCUAUGA